CAAAGCCAUAUUUAUCAGUGCAUUUCUUUCCUCUUUCUGCUUGAGAAUUGGACAGACAAAAACAUGUGUGGAGGUGCCAUUAUUUCCGAUUUUGUUACUGUUAAGCGUGGCCGGAGAUUGACAGUUGAGGAUCUCUGGUCUGAACUUGACCCCUUCUCUGAAUUUCUUAGAUUUGAUCAUCACUCUAAUCAUAAUAAUGGUAGUAAAAAAGACCCAUCAAAUCUCGUGCUCCCUCAGAAGCCAAGCUACACCAUCCAAGUCCAGCAAGUGAUAACAGAGAAAGUUGAGAAGCCAAGCCAUGCCACAGAGAAAGAAAAUGGUAACAAGAAGGCUCAAAGAACCAGAAAGAGUGUGUAUAGAGGAAUAAGGCAAAGGACAUGGGGCAAAUGGGCAGCUGAAAUAAGAGACCCACACAAAGGUGCUAGAGUUUGGCUUGGCACAUACAACACAGCUGAGGAAGCCGCCAAAGCCUAUGAUGAAGCCGCCAAACGCAUCCGUGGUGAUAAAGCCAAGCUCAACUUCCCAUCUCAGACACCGCCAACUCCGGAGGCGCCACGACCUGCCAAGAAGCGUUGCAUCUUGGCUCCUGAAACAGCUUAUGUGGCUAGUCCUUUCACACCACCACUGCAAGAGCCAUAUUUGGGGUAUCAAAAUGAAGAUUAUGAGCUGGAAGAGCAAAUCUUGAAGUUGGAGUCGUUUCUUGGGCUGGAACCUGACCAGAUGGCUGCUCGUCUGAGGGAAAACGUCGGUGAUUAUCGUGACUCUGGGGACCUAUGGAUGCUUGAUGAUCUUGUGACACAUCAUCAGUAUCGACGUCAGAUUAAUUAUUAGUAAAAUAAUUAACUACUAAUGCUACUGAUGCAUGCAUCUCUUCUGCUUAAUGUACUGCUUUUAGCUUUUACAAAAAAGACUCUAUUUUAUUAAUGUUUAAUUAGGGUUUGGUGCUUCAUUGUCGUACAUACCUUGUGCAAUGGAGUAUGAGAAUAAUACUUUUGUAGCUGCACUCAUUUGCAUCACCUUUUUUUUUUUUUAGGUUUGUUUGAAAUAAAAACCUUGGAUUUGUGCCA